GCAAGCUAACUGUGGCCAUGGUGAGGUGGUCUGAGGAGAACGGCAGUUGACAGCCUGUGGAGAAGAAGAGAUGUUAUCUGAGGAAUGAGUGGUGAAACUGAACUAUUUGGGAACAGGGAGGAAGGCUCCACCAUCCAGGGACCUGUUGGUUUAGGUGCAAGGCAGAGGCUUUGGGCAUUGUGUGAACCACUGGAGGUUUUUAAAACUGAGGAAUUUUGCACAGAGUUGGGCUCCAGUGGUGGCAGGAAAAUCAAUGGUGUGAGCGUGGGUUGCCUGAGCAAGCAAGGACACUGCUGCAAUUAGUUGGAGCACAAUGCCAGGUUUUUUCUGACCGUGUUUCAUGGGAUGCUGCUUCAGAUGGUGGUGGCAGCUUCUGCCAGCCUGCAGGAGAGUUCUUGGUGUUGGUCAUGGCACCUGGAUUUGUUAGAGAACUACUAAUGCCCUCAGGGGAGGUGUGUGAAUCAGGAUUAUCAACAGGAGUUUGUCCUGAGAAAACUCCAGUAACCAGUUUUCUUGAGAGCAGUAGAGGAGAAGGGUGCACUGACAAUGGCUGCAGAGUUGGAUUUCUCCCCACCUGAGAUCCCUGAGCCCACGUUCAUGGAGAAUGUGCUACGCUAUGGACUCUUCUUUGGAGCCAUUUUCCAGCUGAUCUGUGUGCUUGCCAUCAUCCUGCCCGUGUCCAAGUCCCACAAGACAGACUCGGACAGUUUUGAGCUUAAGAAUUCAGAGACGGUGAAGAAGCCAAAGGCAGCUGCUCCACAGAUAAGCAAGAAACCUAAGAAGGAAACCAAAAAGAAACGAUAGAGGUGUGACUGCUGAGCCCCCAAAGACCAAAUAACCACCUAUAAUCGUGCUUCCUCAGAGACAGCAUCAAAGCAACUAACUCUGUUAAUGGUUUUCUGGCAUUGCCAUCUUUUACUUUUCAGGGGCAAGGGAGAAGAGUGGAAGGGUUGGGGUUCUGCCGUAGAUUUCUUACAAGCAAAGAGAACUUCACAUAUCCAAGACUUCAUUUAACUUGAUUAAUGUGUCAGUCACCAUUAAAGUGACUUCUUCCAGUUCUGGUGGGUGGAGGGGGCUGUUGGCCUGGCUCCUCCGUGCUGGCUGGGAUUUCUAGUGAAGUCCUUGUGGAAAGUGUAGCAUGAGUUUGCUACUUUGGAUACCGGUUUGUGUUGUGUUUUUUGAAGGCAGAGGGAUCAAAUGGACCAUUAUGGCUUAAUCAUAAUGCCUUUGUCAUAUUCUUUAAUUCUUUAGGUAAUAACUCACCAGAUUCCAGACUAGUGGAGAUGAAAGCUUUCAUUUCCCCAGCGUCGCUUCCUCUUGUUCCCCACCCAUGCACUCUUCCUCUCUAUUCCCACCUUUGAAAGCAGGUACAUUUGAGGGAACUGAGGCUGUGGUGGGGAUUGCAGUGACUACAAGAAUCAGGAAACAAUUUGACUUGGAAGGUGCAGAAUUUAAUGCCUGUGCUAUGGGAGUUGUUCUUGGAAGCUUGGGAAAACCAGGCACUGUGUGCUGAAGAAGAGCUGCUGAGGUGGGAGUCUGGGGAUGGUGCACUGGUGGUGUAUCAGCCUGCCCUGCCUCACUGUGCCAUGGAUAAACCCUGCUGCCAGCUGGCUGAGCCCUGACCAAGGGCCCUCUUUCAGCACAGCUGGGGAUCAUUGCACUUGCAAAUCCCUCCCAGCCUUCCUGCCACAGUCUGCUCCAUCUCCUCUGGCCGAGUUCCUCCUGAGGGUGAACAUGUUCUCAGCCUGAGGAGAUGUGGUAUUUUAAGAUGCAAGGGGUGGCAGGCCAGCUGUGUACCCUGACUGUAUGGCAGGAGACACUCUGUGUUCCUUCAGGCUCUGGCUCUCCAGGCCCAGGGACAAUCCAGGAUUGGAUUUAAAUAUGGCUAGACAGGACUGGAGGAGAUAGGUGGUGACGUAGCCACGGAGUCUCUGUCGAGCAGCUCAAGCUUCCUGAUGCCAGCUCACAUCUUGGUUUGUUUGAUCAGGAGUGAGUCAAGGGGAGGAGAACCUGCUCUCUGAGGCGCACCCAGGGUUCAGAGCAGCUUUGAAGGAGGGGUUCUCCCUGGCAGGGCUGCAAGUCUGUGAUCCUCUUUGCAUACACAGACUCCAACCUCGAGUCACAAAUGCCUGGUGAGCCCAGGUGUGUGUUCUUUAACAGCAGGUGAACAGCACAUUUACAGAAACCAUCAGUGCUGAGAACAGCCACGUCCUCUGCUCACUCUUGCUGGUGUGGGGGUGACAGAUGGAUCCCAGUACCAGUGUGACUCUGACUUCCCUGCUCCAGGCUCUCUGAUGCCCUUAGCCAGAAUGCUGGCACCAAGUUGUACUUCUUAAAAUCCAGCUUGGAGUUCUGCUUUAAAUUCUGUUUUUUAAUUUUUUUUUUUGAGCUACAUGAAUGCAGUACCAGGAGGACAGAACAAAGCAUAGGAGACACAAGCACUCUAAAGUUAAGUUCUCAGUACAAAGAAAUAUUACAAAAAGUUCCCAUGCAAAUAACAAAGAACAGUGUUGUGCCAUGAGUUUCCAUGAUGGACCUGUGCUCUGUCUCUGAUCUGCAGGGCAAAGAAAAGCCCUCAGUAGGUACUGCAGAUCACUCUUUCCAUUUUAAUACAUGAGAAUGGAUUUAUGCAAAUUCUAGCUUUCUGCAGGUUACCUAAAGCAGGGGGUUAAUGCUUUACACAUUAUCCAAAAUGCAGAGUCAGUUCUGCAGCUCAGAACCAGUUAGCAGUGGGCACUGUGUGGCUGGUACCUGAAAUAGCAGCUACUACAUCAAUGUCCACAUCCAGCUAUUUGCAGGCUGGCUCACUCAUAGCUCAGUAGAAAUCAUGGAUGUUGGGGUUUGGUUUUGUUGGGGGGGAAGAGGGAUGAAGAUAAAUUCUCCAGUCCAUUCCUGACAGCUUUAUACCUAUUUGAAUUAUCUUGUUUGCUGAACUUAGAGUAUGUAGAGAUUACCAAUAACCCAUGUAUUUUAGUUUGUCCUGAAAUGUGUAAUAAAUGCCAUCAGAAUCUUUGUUAUAAAAGA